AUCAUGAAUUGGGUACCGUACCUAUUGAUUGUUUUUUCUCAAAAGGUGCAGACCACUUUAAUAAUCAACGAUUCUGUGUUAUUGAUCAAGUAGUAACCAGAACAUUGUUUUUAAAAUAAUAUUUUUAGUCUUUGCAAGGGAGGACUAAGAUAAUUUAUUUGUAAUCAAAAUAACGUUGAAUAUCGAUGUUUGGAAUUAGAAUUUUAAUACAUCGAUACUCGCAACUGUCAGAUUGACAGUUCAGAUUGUCAACAAAAAAAAAAUGUCAACUGCUGAAAGUUUAGUUUCUAGUUUGUUUAUACUUAAUAAGAAUAGUCAGAGAGGUGGUGUGAUUGUUUCAUAGAAGAGAGUAAUUCAAUUUUCCUUAGUUGAUGAAUAUACACCGUGUGGAAUUGUUAGAUAUAUAUAACUUACUGCAAUAGUCGUUGGAAUUUUAUGACUAACCUCAAAAAGAAUUUGAGGAAAUAGACUGACCAAAAUGUUAUUGGAAGAUCACCACCAAAUAGGAAAUUCACAUUGUGAUAGCUGACAAGAGUUUUGCAUGUGAACAAAAUGGAGGAGCCUGCUUCUUUCACUUCCUACAGACAACUGCAUGAGAAUUUCAUGCACAACAAUUCUGGAUCAAGUCUCGAAGAAACAAUUCACGUGCAAACUCCUCUUCCUAUUCUAAUAUUUUUCUCUUUAUUCGUAACGAAUUAUCUAUCAAAUGAAAUAGGCGCGGUGGUCAACAGGAAACUUUUUGAAUAUUGCUCAAUAUUGAUUGAAUUGGUUCUUAUUGUUGUACUGCAAAUAUUAAUUUUUACUUCUGUUAUUAGUGACUCAUUUUGUUUGGUUUUGUUAGUAGUUGCUUUCUUUUUGGUUUUAUACAUUAUAUUCACAUAUCUUAAAGAUUCAAUUCUUCAAAAAUGUAACAGUAUUAUCUUGAAGAGAAGUGCUCUCACUGGAAAAAGACCAUAUAUCACUUAUUUCCGUACAUCAGUAAAUUUAACUACCACUAUUUGUAUUUUAGCUGUUGAUUUUACUGUCUUUCCAAGGAGUCUUUCCAAAACUGAGACUUAUGGAUUCAGUUUAAUGGAUACUGGUGUGGGAUACUUUGUAGUGUGUAAUGGAUUAGUUGGCAAUAAUGUUGAAUUAUUCAAUUAUCGACACAGUCGUAUCCAUCUAUUUUUCAAAUUGAUUGGAAAAAAUUGUCCGCUAUUUAUUUUAGGUCUAGUCAGAUUUUUUACUGUCAGUAAUUUAGAUUAUCAACAACAUGUGAGUGAGUAUGGUGUGCACUGGAACUUUUUCAUAACUCUGGCUUUCACUAAGGUAUUUGCCUCUUUACUGCUGACAUUUUUUAAAAAAAGUUUUGUGAGAUAUGUAGCAUUAGCUCUUAUGAUUCUCCAUCAAUGUAUUUUGAUAAUUGGAGUAGAAAAAUGGGUUCUGAGUGAUUUACCAAGAAACUCGUUUAUCUCGGCAAAUAGAGAAGGAAUUGUUUCUCUUCUUGGCUAUGUGAGCCUCUAUCUAAUAGCUGUUGAUUUGGGGAUAUGGCUGAAAUCUACUAAUUCGACCUUUGAAAAAGAUAUUGGUAGAGUAAUUAAAUUAAUGUUCCAUACAUUUUUUUUAUACAUAAUUGUUCACGUUCUAAAUAUAUUUUUCAAUUGUUCGAGGAGACUAGCUAAUGUCACAUAUGUUGUAUGGAUUAAUAUGUUAUCCACAUAUCUUUUACUUCUUUGUUUAAUUGUGGAACUGAUCAUGAGAUUGAAUAGGGGCCCUGGGAAAACCUCACCAAAUAAUGGUCUCGUACCAAUCAUUCUUGAAAUUGUCAACUCUAAUGCUUUAACUUUUUUUCUAGUCGCUAAUUUGUUAACUGGGUUAAUUAAUUUAUGCAUUGAAACUAUACAUGUUGAUUCAUUCUAUAGCAUAUUUAUAAUAAUUUCAUAUGAAUUGUUAUUAUGUGUCACUUUCUUUAUUCUACAUGUCUUCAAAUGGAAAUUAUAUUAAUUUGUGCAUUUGAAUGAUAAAACACGUUAUUCAAUAAUGGACAUUCAUAGAAACAUUUUUUAUAAAUCGACUUAUUAGGACUUGAAGAAUAAAUUUGUAUGGUGCAAAGUAUUUCCAUUCCUAAAAUUUUCCUAUAAUUUGAGAACUUAUUCUGAAACCUCUUUUUAGUCUCUCUUAAAACAUUAUUUUUCUUUAUAAUUCAAAUACACGGCUGUUUUGAAUAAGCGUUUUUCAUUACUUCGAAUAAAGACAAUACCAGUGUCCACUAUUUGUUAUUAAAACAAUAUUAUUUUGGCCUUGAAUGUUAUUAAAGUUUGGAUGGUAGAAUUUUUAGCCUAAGCUCCUUCUAAUAAUGUAUUAUACAUCUUCUUAUUUUAAUUAAUAAGUUGCGAAGACAAUGAUAAUCCAAUUGCGAGAUUGAAAUAAUAAUUUAGAAUAAUUAUAUUCUGUAUAUUUCAUAAACAGUAAGAUAAUAAUUAAACUUAUUAACACCUAAUCAUUCCACAUCCAAGGCAAUGUUUUCCAUUAUAUUUUCAAGUGCACAGUAUAGUUUACGGUAUAAUUAAUCUCUGAUACUAAUACUAAACAGAAAAAGCAUUUUAUAAUAUUGCAUUAUUAAAAAAACUCAUGAUUUAUAAUCCAAGUUUUUCUCUAUAAAUAAUCUGUACUUGUGUUUCCAUACUUUGCGAAAAUUAAAGUCAUGACCUAUUUGAAAUAAAAAUUCUUCAAGUAGGUUACAUUUUGUAUAAUUUCUUACCAGUUUAUCAUUUCUCCCCUCAAUACGGCAACAUUGUUAUGUCAGUAGCACACCAUUCAUACAGAUAACAUCAAAAGUAAGUUCAUUGUAGAUACGUAAAUAUCAAGCCAUGAAUUAGUAUGAGUCUAAAUUCUACUGGAAAUUCACAUGGAUAUGUUUGAAUUCACAUACCGGUAAUUAUAUAUUUUGACAAAGAUCUAUCUGGUCUAUUUUGGAUUUUGGUCAGUCUUAAGCACUAAGGAGUUCUUUACUUAAGACCUCCGUUUUAAGUAAAUAUUUUAUUGACUUUUUAUCAUUCUAGAACAAGAUGCGUAUCAACUUGAAUAGGUUUUUCUUGUGUUUUGAAAACACCUUGUAACACCAUUGCCUUUAUAAAAUGUGAUAUCUAAUAAAAUAGUGUACAGUUCUAGUAAAUAAGUUCAUUUUCAUGUUAUAUGUAUUUGAAGUUUGCUAUAAAACAGUUUACGUUAUUUA